GACCGGUCGUCGGAAAACUCGCAUCGUAGGUAUAACAGUGAUGGACUUAAGUUGAGCGGCCUGCAGUGUUUGCUCAAGUUUUGACGACACCGUCACUGUUUGUAUACUCGGAUUGUGGUGAGUUCUCAGUUCCGUCAUUAAUCACCACCAUCGCCGCCGCUGAUGAAUCAAGUUUCCGAUUAUUAUAAUAUUUGUAGUAAUUACCGCUAUACCUAUAGUUAUUAUGGUCAACAACAUGAACGUUCGAUUCGUUCUUGUGACCACGAUCGUGUUAUUCGGGUUGUGCGUCCACUGCCCCGUGUCUUCCAUCACCAGCAUCACUAACAGAUCCGUCAUCGACGACUUGAUAAAAUUUAUCAUCGAAAACUCGGGAAAUGCCUCCAACAAAACUAUGAAUCUUAUCAUUGAAAAAGUCAUGGAUAUCGUUAAUAAUAAUUUUACAGAUAUCGUUAUUGAUAACUCUACAAAAUUUAUCAUAGGAAACUUCACGAAAUUCACUAUUAACAACUCUACAAAAAUAAUUUUCGACAACUCUCCCAGCCCCAAACCCACCGGACCGAACGUAUGCACGUUUAUCAAAAAUUACGUUUCAAAACAAUUAGUCACGAAAUAUGAAAUCCAUUCAUUCAAAACUCCAUACUUCUGUUUCAAUAAUUGGAAAUUUGUAUGUUAUUUCGUAACUGAAACUGCAGUUCCAAUUCAAACCGAAACCUUAGAAAACAAUUUUGAAGUCAUCAAUACAUGCUGUAAAGGUUACGAAAAAACACAAAAUGGAACAAAAUGCCGUCCUGUCUGUAAAGAUCCUUGUGUAUGGGGCACAUGUAUUUCACCAAAUGUAUGCCGUUGUGACGAAUAUUACGAUGGACCAUCUUGCCGCAUACGUAUAGGUUGUCCAUUGGGAAAAUACGGAUUUGAUUGCACGCAAACGUGUCAAUGUCAAAAUAAUGCUAAAUGCAAUUAUUUAAAUGGUAAUUGUUCUUGUCAGCAAGGGUAUUGGGGAAAAUAUUGUGAAAAUCUAUGUCCAUCUGGAUAUUAUGGUCAUAAAUGCCAACAUGUAUGUAAAUGUCAAACUGGCGCAAAAUGUAAUCCAGUAAACGGUGUUUGUUACUGUUUAUCAGGAUACACAGGUAUUAAUUGUGAAGUACAAUGUCCAUCAGGAUAUUAUGGUUAUAAAUGCCAAAGUGAAUGCAAAUAUCAAAAUGGUACAAAAUGUGAUAUAGUUAAUGGUGAUUGUACUUGUCUAACAAGAUAUGAAGAAUAUGAUGUUGAAUUAAAUAAAUGCGAUUGCCAAACUGGUACAUUAUGCAAUUCAGUAAAUGAAACUUGUUCUUGCCAACCAGGAAAUUUAGGGAAUAUAGGGAAUAAUUGCAAGCAUACUUGUCCCCAAGGCUAUUAUGGAAAAAAUUGUCAGAAUCUAUGUAAAUGUCAAAACGAUUCCAAAUGUGAUCCUGUAAACGGUGAUUGUGAUUGUGCUCCAGGAUAUACUGGAGAAUAUUGCUCGUCGAUUUGUCCAUCAGGAUUCUAUGGUUAUAAAUGUCAAAACGAAUGUAAAUGUCAAAACGGUGCCCUAUGUGAUCCAGUUAUUGGAACUUGUGUUUGUAAACCUGGUUUGUUUGGCAACGAAUGUGAGCAAACGUGUCCACCCGGUAUGUACGGUUUAAAUUGCAAUUCAACCUGUAGAUGUCAAAACCAAUCAAGAUGUCGGGAGUCCGAUGGUAUUUGUUUGUGUGAACCCGGAUUUUACGGACCUACGUGCUCGGAAGCUUGUCCCAAAAAUUAUUAUGGAGAUAUGUGUCUGCGUAUGUGUAUGUGCAAUGUGACCAUGGAAAUUUGUAAUCAUAUUAAAGGAUGUGUAGCAUGCAACAGCAGUUUUCCAAAUGAAAAUGAAUGCCUCAAUGCCCUUCAGUUAGAGUCAUCAGACAAUGAAGCGAUCUGGAUUUUCGAUAUUUUGGUUAUUUUGAUCUUCUUGAUAAUUUCAACAAUAUGCAUGGCAAUAAUAAUGUGCUGCUAUUACUACUGUAACCAACGUAAAAUUCAAAAAUAUAAUAUAGGGCAUGUGGACAAUUUUGAACUUCGAAAAUCUACCAACACAGAAUCAAACCAUAACCAUAUUGAAGUGAUAUGUACUGCUAGUAAUUGUGGUAUGAACAUAAGAAAUAAUAUGCUCGAUUCGAGAAUACCGAUGACCAGUUAUACGAAUGAAACGUUUUACAACAAUUAUGCGCGUGACCACAGUUUUGAUGAUGAUACCGGUGAAAACUUGUACUUAGAAAUCGACGAAAGUACUUUUAAACGUGCAGACGAUUUGUACGAUCAUCUAGAUUUCCUACGUCCAACGGUAUCGUGGAAGCCGCAUUAUCAAAGUGCAAUGGUGUUGCAAGAUCAAGGCAGCAGCAGUUCGAAAAAAGAAGAGACAACUUAAUGUAUUUUCUCAUUUUAUAUAAUAACGUUUGUUUUAUUAUUAAAUUUAUAUUAUUAUUAAUAUACACAGCGAUAAAGACGUAAGCAUUAUAAAAAACAAUAAAUUUUAAUAUGACAAAU